GCCACUUUGGUUGAACAAUACUUAUCGGUCGAAAGCUUAUAUUUUGAAAUACCAUCAACAGCUAUUAAUUACAAAGAAACUAUUUAUGUAAAAUAUAUGGGUAAAGAAGCAAAAGAAAAAAUUGAACAGACAUUGGAUGUCUAUGAAAAAUUUCUUGAGGGAAAAUAUUAUUUGAUUGCCUCCUGA